GCCGACUUGUUUAAACAGUUAACUGAAUCUCCGCCUGACUGUGCCACCAUCUCAGACGGACCAGGACCAGAGAGAGAGAGAUGGACGCUGCACGCCCAGUGUAGAACGCAAGUCAGUGUCUGCGCGUGCGUUGUGAAGUGUGAGGUGUUUAGUGACAAAAAGUUCCUAUACAAUAUUUGUGAAUGGAUUAAAUCGACCCUUUGACUUUCAGUGCCGUCUCCGGAUGCCAUGGUCCGUAAGGUCGGCAAGCAUCACUACGUGGCCACUCAUGUACCCUCGCCUCACUACCACGAGAGGGGAUACUACACAGAUGGUACCAUAUCCAUCUCUCUCUAUUAGUUUUACUUCUGCACCUCUACUCCGGCACUUGAAUCUUUGAGAAGACAGCCAGAGAGCAGCCUCAGAGAGGACGAUGUCCGAGUACACGGUGACCAACGAGCGUGCGCGAGUGGUUCCUCCACCGCGCAAACACCGGCCUCGAUCACGCUCCAGAGAGAGGGAUCGGCGCACGCGGAGUGAGGAGCGUUACUACCCUGAGGAAGGUUCAGACAUCUAUGUCACUAGUGCUGCCUAUAGACCACCCUCUGAGAUCAGUGUCUCUUUCAGUCGCGGAUCCCGUCACAGCCGUUACAGCAGACAUGCGCCAAGUCAUUACUCCUACCGAGCUCCAUCAGAAGUUUCUACCAUCAAAACCAAGGUGGACCACAAGCGGGGUUUGGUGAUUGAGACGAUGUCUGCUCCCAACCCGUUCUGUCCUCACACUCGAGGGAUGUGCUGCCUCAUGCUGCUGCUGAACCUUGGCCUCAUCCUCGUCACACUAGGCAUCGUCAUAGUGGUGCAGUUCUUCCAACCAGUUUUUGUUUGGAUCCUGGGGAUAGUGUUCCUGAUUUUCGGUUUCUUGACGCUAGUUGGGAGUCUGAUCUACUGUGUCGCUAUCUGCAGGGACGCCAAAACGCCAGCACAAGUAGCUGCCGAGGACCAUUACUGGACGAGGCACUGGUCCAAAAACAUCGGCUUUCCGCCCGAGAUACACUACAGAGCUGAUGACAAGUUCAGCGAUAGAUAUUAGACCUAAACAUUGAUUAAGAGUUUAAACUGUUUUCGGUUAUCAGGUUGAUCUAACAGACCUCCAAGUUUUGUUGUGCGCUGUACAUUUUAGGUUUCCUUCAUCUUUUCCACAAUCAAUAAUUUUAACCGAUAGUGCCUCCAACACUUCAUACCCAAUGGUGCCUUCAACACGUCAUUCCCACUGUGUCGCAGUUCUGGUUUUGGCCCAUUUCAAAAGAGUCUCCACACGACCAUCUGGAAAAAAUGUGAUGAAUACUGAAUACUGAAUACUGAUUGUAAUUCAAAUUACCUUAAGUCACAAUACACUCGUGGUUCAGACCACUCGCACUAGUUAAACCAGCAACCAAGGUUAACUUACUAUAUGUCGGUAUUGUAAACCACUUUAAGCAAAACAUUUGUAACUGUCCCUUGGCGGAUCCAGGAAUUUGAAUGGGGGGGCUACUUUUAAAUAAUUUCAUUAGAUGCUAUAGCCAAAUAGAUGUUUUUUGAGCAAAAUUUUUGUUUGGGAGUUCAACGUAGAGUACAAUUAAACUUCUCCAUGCCUAUUUUUUAGUUUUUUAGAUUUUUUAGAGUUUCCAGAUGGUUGUGUAUCAGAUGGGGGACUUUUCAGGAAUCAACCAAAACCAGCACUGAGGCGCAGUGACUGUGAAUUAUUGUUGGGGGCACCAACGGUUAAAAUUAUUGAUUGUGGAAAAGAAGAAAGAAACCUAAAACUAAACUUGUAGAUUGGAGGUUUGACUCCUUGAAAGCCUGAUGAUGGUCCAACCUAAACUGAAACUAGUUGACACUACAGCAACCAAGGACUACUAACUAUAUUCUGGUAUUAUAAACUAUUUUUGACAACAUAUUUUUAUACUACAGUAGAGUCCCGCAAACUCGGCGUAAUGUGGACUGGAAGGGUGCCGAGUUUGUGAAAUGCCGGGUUAUCAGGAACUAGGGUUAAAAAUAAGAACAAUAACAUUUUUAAGCUUUUUAACCGCCUUUUUUAUUUAUAUUUAUAUUACAAGUCAGUAUUAAGUCAUCAGAUAUAGUACAACAAACCCUUGGUAUGAGUUGUGAAUGAUUUGACUUGAGCUGGCUUGAGUCCAUGUUUAACUCAGACUCAAAAAAUCACAAAUUUUCUGAGCCAGAUGAUGGCCGAGUUAUUCAGACUGCCGGGUUAUCGAGUGCCGAGUUUGCGGGAUUCUACUGUAUGCCAUGGGCAAAUCCAGAUUUUAAACGGUCAUUGGGCUGCUUUCAAAUAUCUUUGGGGGCUGCAGCCGAAAAUGUUGAACAAAGUAACUUUAAACUUGCAUUUUGGGACAGUAAGGAGGCAUACAAGGAGUAAAAUUCAAACCUCACCAUGUCCACUUCAUAGUUUUGAUCAUUUUUAAUAUUUAUUACCCCAAAAAUGGGGUGAGGUAUACAGCCCCCUAUCUGGAUCUGCCCAUGUAUCUGCCUGAGAUAUGCUACAGAGCUAACAACAAGUUCAGCAAUAGAUACUGUAGACUUUAAACAUUUCACUGCCAUGUUAAUACAAUCAUUGUGAGAUUUUACAGUCCAGUCCUGACAAUCCUUGUGGAACAUAAAGGUAUUGUUGUAAAAUAUCUAAUUGCACUAGAAAAAAGGUAAAAAACCAAUGUUAAGUUAAUUAACAUUUCAAGCUUAAUAUUCAGGAUUUCUUAAGUUCUUGGUAAUCUCAUAUGUUUCCUUAUGCAUUGACAACUAUGGAGGUAAGACCAAAUUAACAAAAAUAAAGAUGUUUUUGUUUCUUACAAUCUUGCAAUUAUUCAACAAUGCAACAGAAUUGAAUGUGCACAUUUAAUGAUAGAGGAGUUUUGAGUUAAUCUCUUAUUUGAUGUUCAAACUCUAGAUAACGGGUUAGUUAUGUCUAAUAUUUGGUUAAUGUUUUAAACCUCAUGUCUUAUUUUCAAAUAUAAUGCCAUAACAAUUGUUAAUUUUUGUUGAAGUUUUAUAUUGGAGAAGAAACUAUGACUUGUCAUUGGUUGGUCGUAAAUUAUUUGUUCAUUUGACGUAAGACAGCUUUUUCAUGAUUAAUAUUUCGUUUAAUGUUCUACAACAACAAAAAAGUAAUCCCUUAACAUCACGAAACUGCCCAAAUGAAUACAACUAUUGCAGUGUUAAAACUAAUGGAUAAAAUGUACACAGCAGAAAAAUGGCCCAAUUAAAAUACUCAUUGUACAUCAACUACAAGAAAACAAAUCAAAGGUUUAAAAUACCUGCCACUACUUUUAGUUACAAGUCUAUAGAGCAUUAAUAGUAUAUUUCACCACUAGGGCCUAAAGUGACUCUUUUUGACCCGAGGUCGGAAAAUGAGCGAGGGUUAAAAAGUCACUUUUUUGUAAUGUAACGACUAACUAAAAUCAAAAUUUACAACUUAGUUGACAACAGCAGAUUUUUACUCCUUUAAGAGUAAAUAUGCCACUUUAGACCCACAACGCAUGCAUUCAAAACCUCUGUUUUUGCUGUAGUGUGACUAAAUAGUAGGAGGGGUGACUCUUUUUGACCCGAGGUAAUGUUUUACGAUCGAGGGUUAAAAAGACACUUUUUCCGGUGUGGUGAACUAUAUUUUUUGUUAUAUUGCAUCCAAACAAAGCUAGAAAACAAAAUAAUUUUUAUGUAAAGAUAACCUCUCAAAACAUCUUCCAGCUUGUUUUCAAUUCUGCUAAUGCAAAUAAGUAGUUGUUUAGUAAGUGAUUCCAUCAUUUAGACAAUUAUGAUUGUGUUACAGUAAAUUAUACCAUUGAUAUGUCGAGCAAUCGACAACAAUAGCCUAAAACCUUACCUAAUAAUUAAUCAAUUGAUAAAUAAUUUUGAUCGAUACGAUUGCCACAAUCGAAAUUUACUACCGUUUACAACAGCUGAUUUUUACUCCCUAGAGCGUAAAAAUGAUACUUUUAAAACCGCAACGCAUACAUUAAAAACGGCUGUUUUUGCUGCAGUAAGACGAAAAAAAUUAUAUUACAGUGUAUUUACAACACAUCACUGUUUACACUGAAAUUCUUUUUGUCUUGCAAAACUAUACAGCCAACAAUGGGAUUUGUCUCGGUUUCACAGCCCAGUGUUUCCUUAUAGUAUAAUUUGUUGGGUCUACCUGAUUCUUCUCUAUAUCUUGUGAAAAAUACUUCAGUUUAUAGCAAAGCAAGGAAUCAACUGUGGUACAACUGUCAAUUACCUUAUAAAGUAUACUGUACUUUCAUAAUGUUUUUUUCCUACAGUUAGCGUACAAAGUGGGCUAAGGUGCCUUCAUUGCAUCAAAUCAGGGCUGUGCGAAUCCAGAAAUUUUGGUUCGAAUCCGAAUCCGAAUCAUAGCUGUACAGAUUUUAUCGAAUCCGGAUCGAAUCCGAAUAUUUUAAUUAAUCCCGUGUCGAAUCUGGGUCGAAUCCGAAUCUCAAAUUUACAGCCAUUAUCGAACCUGGAUCGAAUCCGAAUCUGAAAUUUAAAGCUGUUAUCGAAUCCGAAUAUUUAAACCUGUUCAGAUUCAAAUCCAAAUCCGAGGAAAGUCAGCAGUACCAAUUUUCACAUUUUUAGACCACAUUUUCUGGGGCUGAAAUAACUUAGGGAAUUGCUUAAAAAAAUUCUUGAAAUGGGCCAAAUAAAAAUAGUUAUAAAAUUUAGGCCUACCUAUUUGAAGUUUUGAAACUAAAAAAUUGGGCAUAAGUUAGGCAUACCACCUAGGCCUAAGUUACUCGCUAAAAGUGAUGGACUACCAAUUUGUGUAGUCUAAAACAUAGGCCCAGCCUAUUAUACACCUCGGUGUUAAUCCUCCACACAAGCCUAUGUCUGCAUUACUAUUACAAGUAACAACUAACACUGUGAGGUUAAGUUUACUGAUAGCCAAGAUAGGGUUCAAAUGCGACCUACACUAAUGUGCCUAAAACCUAACACCAAGUUGGUCAGGUUCCUAACAUGAACCAGUCAAAAGCAAAUCGGAGUGCACAAGUAGUUUUUUAGUGUCUAAAAAAUUAUAUUGAAAAUUAUAUUCAAUCAAAAUCUAGUAAAUUUGAAUAUUGAAUCCCAACUCGGAUCUAUUUCCAAGAAAUUCGAAUAUCAAAUCCGAACCCGGAUCUCUUACCAGUAAAUUCGAAUAUCGAUUCCGAAUCCGAAUCCAGUUAGAAACAGUAGAUUCGUUCUCGAAUCCGAAUCGAAUCUCUAAAAAGAUUCGGAUUCGAUUCGUUUUUCGAACUAUUCGCACAGCCCUGCAUCAAAUAAAACACAAAGUAGGUAGCUAAUUGCUGCAUGUACCUACUUACUUUUGCCCCACUCAUUUUAAUUUUUACCGCACUCAUUUUUUUCACACUCUAGUAUUCAAACCAAACAACACAAAACAUUGUGCUUUUAUUGCUAACCUAAAAACGUGUUGUUUAGUGUUUGAAAGACUAUAAUUAUUUAUAUGCUUUAUAUAGUAACUGUAGGAAAAAUAUAAUGUGUAAGUGUAACGCGAGUGCAAAGUGCCUUUGCUGGACUCAAGAAACUGUCCACACAUGGGCAGCAAAGUACCACUACGCACACUAAUUACACAAAUAACUAUUCAUUAAUAAUGGAAUAAAGAUAAGUCAAAUUAUUUUUGUGUAUUUAAUUGUUUUAAUAGAUUUUAACAAUUACAUGACUGUUUUUGACAACCCCAGCUACACGGUGAAGUUGGAAAUAGAUAUUAAAACGAAUAUCAUUAUUUACUCCCACCUAAAUACCAUCCCUUAAUUUACAAAACAUUAAAUGAUUAGACUGAACAGUUAGAGAUACAUUUCCCAAACUUACCUUUAGGAAACACUUAGGCUUAUAUAAAUAAAUUCAAAUAACUUGUGUCUCGAUUUUACACAGUCAAAGUGUAGCUGGGUUUAUCAAAUUUUCUGGAUCAAUCUUCUCAUAUUUGGUGCUCUUAAACAUCUGUGAUGUACCCUUAGAUACUUAUAUUCAGUUUUGUAGUGGUUUUGUAGAUAUUGUGCUACGUUUUAAUAAUCUUCAAUGUACAUUUUGUUAAUUAUUUUUCAAACGUUUGCAUUUAAAGUUUCAAGAUUUGUAAAUUGCAUUUCUAAUGUUUAUUUACAGUAUAGUUUAGAGAUGACAUAUAUUAGAAUCAAUCUAUAGUUUAUUUGGUGCUAUAUUCUACUUUCACUGAUAUUUGUUUCCAAUUUUAGGAUUUUUAUACAGACCGAUCAAGUGUAUUGAAUAUAUUUAUUUACCAUUAACACAAUUAAUUGAGCCCUAAACUAAGUAGGUCUGAAGCUACACCCAAACUAUUUUAAUUUAUGAAGAUUGUUUAGUCGACACAAUUACAAAUAUCCAGUAUUUUUUUAAAUAGGACUGUCUAAGGAUAAGAAACUAAAUUAUCUUAUGUUACAUUGUAAUUUUUCAAUCAAUUAAACUAAAUGUUGUAUAAUUUUGUUAUGUAACACUAUAUAUACAAUUUUAAGCACUUUGCAUUAUCUUUUCAAAAGUAAUGAUUGUUAAAGUUUUUUGUAAAUAAAA